GUUCACAACACAAAAAUCCGAGAUGGCGGAGUCACUUAUAGGCGCAGUAAUACCGACUCCAGAAACAAAGUUUUUCUGUCAUAAAUGCACCGUAGAAAUUCCCAGAGUGCUGCCGGACUACACUUGUCCAACAUGCAACAGCGGAUUCAUCGAAGAAAUAAAUCCUAACCAAGAUGAAGACAAUGACAUGGACUCAAGUGAUGAGACUGCAGAGCCAGGGAUGGCAGAUUUCAUGUCGGUGUUCAUGCAAGACAUGAUGGGGGCCAGCGACCCGAUGGGCAGACCCAGUUUGCGCAGACAUCGCAUGACACUCAGAUCUCAGCCUGCUCAUGUGCACACCAUGCCCUUGGAGAACAUUCUGCAGGACAUAUUAGUCAACAUCACUGGUAUGGACUUUGCUCAGAUCGGAGCAGCAGGUGGCCACGAUAGAGACAACAGAGGAGUGAGAUUUUUUGUCGGCAAUCCUGGUGACUAUGCAUGGGGACGAGAAGGUCUUGACGCCAUCGUCACUCAACUGCUAAACCAAAUGGAUGGCACAGGCCCUGCACCAUUAGCUGAGGAAAAGAUCCAGUCAUUACCAAGUGUAGAAAUUGCACAAGAACAAGUUGACCAAUGCUUGCAAUGCUCAGUCUGCUGGGAGGACUUCAAGAAAGGAGAGUCGGUGCGCAAACUACCUUGUGAUCAUGUUUAUCAUGACGACUGCAUUAUUCCAUGGCUUAAAAUUCAUGGAACAUGUCCCAUCUGUAGGAAAGUCCUGAACGAGGACGCGGCCCACGAGGAUCAGGCCAGGACAGGGCCGACCCAAAAUGCAGCAGCUUCUCUACCUCAGAGUAUUGCAGCAUUCCUUAGGGCCGCAAAUAGUGGAGGAAGCUCGGCCUCCUCCUCGUCCACAUCCUCGUCCUCAAGUAGAGGAAACAGCAGCACAGAUGGUUCAAAUUCUUCCGCUCAACAGAGGCAGAGGAGCCCACCAUCGGAUGGAAAUCACUUCUGGGACAUGGACAUGGAUUGCGAUUAGCAGUUUCGCUCGAGACAGUCAGGACUUCAGCCCCAAAUUUCCCAUAAGACCAGGACACACAUUGUUUCUUGUCAGGAAUCUUCCUGAAUAAAAACGAUUCCGCCAGAUUCUUUUGAAUUCUCUUCAUCAUAUGCACAGUUUUUCUUUAUUUUUCCCCCAAAGGAAAGUUAAAUGCUUGUUUAUCCCUCAAAGUCUGGCAUUAUUAAUUUCAUAGCAAAAAGUUAACAAGCUGGUUAGUGCCUGUUCCAAUGAAGUUGUGCGCACUUUUAAUUGCGAAUUAGCUGCAUAUUACCAAGAAGGGAGGUUUUAAAGUUUGCUUUUUGUGUAAUACCUUUUGAUUUGACACUUAAAAUAUUCCAUUUCUAUAAUUUAGUAAAAGGCUGGUCCUUUGAUUGGGUAAAACAUGACUGUUGUUUAAAAUUUAUUCAUAGAGAGGUUGUACUUUGUGACGUCAAAUGUCGUUUUGUUUAAUUACUAUCGACAGAAUGCUGAAGUGUCGCAUCACCAAAUUCACUGCAGCAAUUAUGGAUUUUAUAAAUAAAGAUUUUGAAGCUGAAGUGCUUGUUGAGGUUACAAUAUUUUGCCUUUUUUGCUAUAAUUUUUGUACAAUUACUUGUAAAUUGAUUUCUUUAAUUCAAUAUCCUCACACUAUUGAUUAAUUCUGUUGGAAUGUAGGAUAUUUCUUUCUGUAUAUAUAAAUAAAUGAGUUUUAAUAAUUAUAGUUUUUGCGUGACUGCAAAGCUAAUUAAAGUCGUCUAUUAGGCGAUACCUGAACA